AUGCUGUCCGCCUUCCGCAACCUCGGGUUGCGAAACCCUCCGCCGCCGCCCUCGUCUUCAUCUGCUGUCGAGAAGAGGAGACUUAAGGACAGUCCUGCUUGGCACCAAACCUGGGUGGCCGACACUUUUACAUCACAGACCGACUUCACCGGCUCAGUCGUCGCACGUCUCUUGCCCGGUCGAUCUCGCCAGACCGCCAUGACCAACUCGGGUGAUUAUCUUCCUCUUGAGAGGGACCCGCCUCCGCGGCGCCGGCCUCUGCUCGCUAUCUUUACGGCCGUCUCGGUCUUCGCCCUGGCGAUCCUGGCUCUGACCCAGCUGGGUGCCUCGCCAAAGAGGGCGUCUUACCAAGCCGGCCAGGCAGAAGCUUUCAAGACGCCUCUGCUCGCAAAGGCCCGCGCAACACCGCCGGGAGACAAGUACCUGCUCGGCGUUGGCAAGGCCGACAUUACCGGACCCGUUGUGGAGAUCAACUUUGCCGGCUAUGCUAGUCUUCCGCAGACCGGCAGCGGCCUGCGCCAGCGGCUGUAUUCCCGGGCUUUCAUCGUCGGCGAUGUGAACAGCCCCAAGGACCGCUUCGUAUACAUGAUACUCGACACCCAGUCUGGAGACACUGGCGUCCGCCGUGGCAUCCUCGAGGGCGUGGCAGCACUCGGGUCCGACUAUUCCGUCUACGGGCAGUCCAACAUCGCUGUCACCGGGACGCACUCCCACAGUGGACCUGGCGCCUGGUUCAACUAUCUCCUUCCACAAGUGACCAGCCUGGGCUUUGACAAGCAGAGCUAUCAGGCCAUCGUUGACGGAGCUGUGCUGUCCAUCAAGCGAGCACACGAGUCGCUAACCACUGGCUACCUGGACUUUGGAACCACCAACAUUACAGAUGCCAACCUGAGCCGCAGCUUAUACGCUUACCUGGCCAACCCGGCAGAGGAGCGUGCAGCAUACGAUGACAGCACUGACAAGACCCUAACAUUGCUCCGCUUCCAGCGCGAGUCUGACAUGAAGAACAUUGGCGUGCUCACCUGGUAUCCUGUCCAUGGAACCUCUAUGCUGGAGAACAACACGCACGUCACCGGUGACAACAAGGGCGUGGCUGCUUAUCUGUUUGAGCAAGCUAUGAAGGGUGACGCCAACGCUGCCGAUGGGUUUGUCGCGGGCUUCUCCCAAGCCAAUGUUGGCGAUACCACUCCCAACGUUCUGGGCGCUUAUUGCGACGACGGGUCUGGACAGAUGUGUAGCUUCGAGAACAGUACCUGCGCCGAUGGUAAGUCGCAGCAAUGUCAUGGCCGCGGUCCCGAGUUCCAGAAGCUCGACUUGGGUGUUUCUAGCUGCUACGAGAUUGGCCGUCGGCAGUUUGCUGGCGCGAAGAAUAUUUAUGACGAAAUGUCCAGCUCUUCAACACCAGUCGUGGGUUCAAGCGUCAAAUCCUUCCAUUUCUUCCACGACAUGAGGUACUUCAAGUUCCCCCUGGAGAAUGGCACGAUGGUGCAGACUUGCCCGGCCGCCCUCGGGUACUCAUUUGCGGCGGGCACCACGGACGGCCCGGGUGCCUUUGACUUCACGCAAAACGACUCGGGCAAGCCCGACGCGAAUCCCCUCUGGGCUGUUGUCUCGGGCCUCCUACGUACUCCAACGCCCGAGCAGAAGGCCUGCCAGUAUCCCAAGCCUGUCCUCCUGGAUGUGGGAGAGAUGGAUGUUCCCUAUGCCUGGACUCCAAACAUCAUUGACGUCCAGACGCUGCGCGUUGGCCAGUUUGUCAUCAUCAUCUCGCCCUCCGAGGCGACCACCAUGAGCGGGCGGCGGUGGAGGAAUGCCGUCCAGAAGGAAGCCAAGACUUUCCUGACCGGGCCGGAGCCGGUGGUCGUGCUGGGCGGGCCAGCCAACUCGUAUGCGCACUACUGUGCAACCCCGGAGGAGUACGGCAUCCAGCGCUACGAGGGCGCGAGUACCCUGUACGGCCAGUGGGAGCUCAACGCCUACAUCAAUCUGACCGUCAGCAACCUGCACUACCUGGCGCCCACGGCGACGGGCGGCCCGGACGCGGGACCGGCGCCGCCCGACAACAGGGGGAACUCGCUGAGCCUCAUCGCGGGCGUGGUGCAGGACGGCGUGCCCAUCGGCAAGAGCUUCGGGCAGUGCACCGGCCAGCCCAAGGCGUCCUAUUCUAAGGGCGACGUCGUCAACGCGACCUUUGCGGGCGCCAACCCGCGCAACAACCUGCGGCUCGAGGGCACGUUCGCGGCCGUCGAGCAGAAGCAAGGGGACGGCAGCUGGAGGCAGGUCCGCAGCGACGAGGACUGGUUCCUGGUCUACACCUGGACGCGGACCAACUGGCUGCUGGGCUGGAGCGACGUCGUCAUCAGCUGGGAGACUGCGGGCGAGGGCGCGGGAUUGGCGGCGGGCACGUACCGCAUCCGGUACAACGGCGACGCGAAGAACCUGCUGGGCAAGAUCUCGAGCUUCACGGGCACGAGCAAUGAGUUUACGCUGAAGUGA